AUAGUGUGUCUGACAUUGAGGGGAGGGGUAGUGCUGUGCUAAAGUGAACAUAUCACAAUAUCCUGAGAGUGAAGUAUCACACUAAUAGAGAGAGAGAAAGGGAGGGAGAAAAGAAAAAAGGGAGGAAGGAGAUAAAGAGACAGAGAAUGUGUUGUGCUGGACUUGCUGCUGAUGCUGUGGAGAGUGUGUAACUGAGGGUCCAGUCCAGUGAGGUUUCUUGACCAUCUUGUUGGCUGUGGCUGUGUGUCUCUUUCCAGAGCCAUCGGAAUCAUGAGCUCAAAGGGGACGAACCUGCACAACAAACGGCUGCCAUCGGAAACGGAGCACGCUCAGAGAGUUCCUGACAUGGAUGCGGCCCAGCAGCUGAAGCUGAGAGAGAGACAGCGCUUCUUUGAGGAGGUCUUCCAGCAUGAUGUGGACGUUUACCUCUCAUCAGCACAUCUGCAAAUAGAUUACAAGAGACCUCCCAUGGGAAGUAUCUCCUCCAUGGAGGUGAAUGUUGACAUGCUAGAGCAGAUGGAACUGAUGGACAUCUCUGAUCAAGAGGCUUUGGAUGUAUUCCUUGGCACGAGUGGAGAGGACGACGCAAUCAUUUCUCCACUACCAGUUCUUGCCUGCAGUAAUGACAGUGAGAAUCCACUGAGAGAAGAAAUCUCCCUGAGAGUUCCAGACAGCUGCGAGAUUAAAUCACGGAUGUCCUCCACUUCCUCAAAUUCCACAUCUGACAGCCAAGCCACCAAUGAGGACGGAGCUGAAACCCCCGUUGUCCAAUCAGACGAUGAGGAUGUUCAAGACGAUGAUGACCUCUUGAUAUCGGGAACUUCCUUGGCUGAAGGUGAAGGUGAAGCCCAGUCUGAGCUGGCAGUGUAAAGAGACUCAGCAAUUUCUACUGAUUGAUCUUCUAACAUGAUGUUUCUCUAGUGAUAGACAUUUUCUGCUGGGUUGACCGGUUGUACCGAUCUACCAAAGACUGUAAUGGGCACUCGUCUGCACACUCUUCUUAAAGAACUGUCCUUCACCUGAACUGCUGCUGUAGAUAAUGAUGCUCAUAGAGGUUUGCAUAUGGCAUGUUCCAUCUUUACGUCUUGGAUUUGUAUUGCUUCAUUAAUGACUGUGUGUUGAUUAGAUGUCAAAUAGGAAAAAGAUUUAAUGUAACGCCUCAUUUAUGAUUAACGUUGCCAAUGUUCAAAAGUGUUCAGCUGUCUGUAGAUCGGUGCUGCUCAGGUAAGAGCAAGCUUGGCGCUCUGCGGUUUGGAAUGCUAGUCAUUAAGCAUAUGUCUUUGUCCACAAUCUAACUUUCUAUGUCUUUCUCACAGUCUUUUUUUGUGUUUUGAAAAUGUCUUCCUUCUGAUCUCCACAAUACCUUAUAUUUUGCUAUCAAAAUAAAGCCAAAUGCCAACUUUGGGAUAUUAAUGUUUAAUAAAAAUGCAUAUGAACCAUGGAAA